GUCAUACUAUCACACCUUUUCAAUGGUAUAAAAUUUAAUAUACAGGAUACAUCUUUAAAUUUCCGUUAAACGUCAUAUUAUAGAACUAAACUGAGUGAUUUCAUAGAGAUGUGUUCCUUAUUAUACUGUUAAAGUUCAAUGAAGAAAGGUGUAUUCGUGAAAAAGACCAUUUGAUAUUAGCGCCAUCUGGAAGUACAGUAUUUGAAUCGAAGCGGGUGGUUUAAAAUCUUCGCGAAAGAUGGCCAAAAAAGCAACGCCGGCAUCAUUACAAACUGAAAUUUCCAAUAAUGAAGAAUGGGAGAAACUUCUGCAACGAGCAGGUUUAAUAGUGGUCGAUGUAUAUUCAGAAUGGAGCGGGCCAUGCACGGGAAUGGUAAGCAUCUUAAAGAAAGUCAAGAUGGAAAUUGGAGGUGAUGCAUUAAGUUAUGCUACGGCAAAAUGCGAUUACAUCACGGAUUUAGAGCGCUUUCAAGGUAAAAGUGAACCAACAUGGAUGUUUAUACACAACGGUCGAAUGGUGAAUCUUAUGUUUGGUGCCCAAUGUCCACAGUUAUUAAAAAUGUUAACGACAGAGUUACAACGAAUACAAAAUGGCGAAGAGUUUGAGUUUUCUGUAAGCGUAUCAGAAAGAAGCCCCGAAGAAAUAAAACGUUUAAAAAUUGUUGAAGAAACUAAAAUAGCUAAGGAGGCAGAAAAAAGAGCACGAAAAGAAGCUGAGGCCAAAGCACGUUAUGAAGCUGAAAUGUUACAUUUAGUUACUACAUUGUGCAAAGAAACUUGUCUUCUACUUUAUCCGUGGGUGUUUAAAGACGAAGAAGGCCAUAAAAGAGAUAAGAAGUCGAGUCCGCCAUAUACUGAAUUAAUCGAAGAGAUAUUGCCAGGAAAUUAUUCUGUUGAACAAGAAAUUCGAAAACGAUUAACUGAAAAUACUCUUAAUACUAUAUUUAAUGAAUCUGACUACGUAUUAUCAUCAAAUGCAAAACAUUUGCUUCUAAAUGGUAAAUGCAUGUUUAUGCGAUUAAAAAUAGAUGAAACAAAAUCAGAAGUUGAUGUUCAUAAAUACUUGUUAAGUCUCUUAUUCGGUGUACCAGAAUUACCCAACGAGGAAGAAAUUCUCGAUGCCGAAUGUUAUGCUGGACGUCAUCGACCUGCCUAUGUAACAAGUGAAAAUGAAAACCAAUCGUUUCCAGUCGUAUGGACACCACCAAAUUGUAGAAAUAAAGCAAUUGUUUUUCGCACGAUUUUCACCACAUAUACUAACAAAAUGCAUCCUUACGAAGAUAAGACUGCAAAAGUACCUAUCGUAGUAUUUAAAUACGAUUACACUCGGAAGAACGAGCUGAAGCUAAUUUUGGAAGAAUUCGAAGAUGAGAUAAUCCAUUUUGGUAUUUUUAAAUCUGACAAACCACCAGAAUCAAAACUUAUAGCGACUAAUAUCCAAGAAUUCGAGACAAAUAUAAAAGAAAGAACAGGGUACGAAACAUUUGUAUGCGUUGUGAAGAAAGUAGGAUGCGAAGCAUUUUUAAGGUUUGCCGGUAUUGGGCCGUAUCAUGUAAGCGAAAAUCCUGAAAAAGGUAUAGAGGAAUCAGAAUUAUAUUUUCCGGAUAUAUCUACGUUAGAAGAAACACAAUCUGACGAUGAAGAAAAACCGGAAGAACUAAUCGAAAAUCCUGAGGAGAACAAGAGUGUAACAACAUAAAAUGCAAAUUUCAUUUUAGUGUAAUACGAUUAUGAUCAAAACUUUUAACCUUAUGCUUAAAUAAAAAUAUAAUAAGGAAGGAUUCUAUUACCUAUAAAUGAAGGAAUUAAUAACGUAUAAAGAUGUUGUGAAACCAACAUUUAUUUUCCAGAUCACUGUAACUUGCUAUAUAAAAGAAUGUGGAAAUAGACAAAAUGUCUAAAUCAUGCAAGUAAAUUGA